AGUUGGGGUUGGAGCCUUGGAGGCUUUGAGCUGUUUCGAUUUCCUUUUAUUAUCCUUUUCCAGAUCUAUAGCGGAUGUGAUGAGAGAGAUCUGCAAAAAUGGCCAAAAAUGGAACGUCUCUGAAAUUUGUUUUCUUGAUAAAGGAAAGUUUUCUUCGAAGGAGGUUUUGAUUCUUUGAAUGGAAGAAGGUGGGUUUUAGGGAAGCUUUUUGAAGAUUUUAACGGCCAUGAACCUCUUUUUAUUGGCCAUUGAUCCUAUGUUAGUUGUUGCUACUUGGGUAUUAAAUGAAGGAAAAUUCUUAUAUGAUCAGCAAAUGCAGUGGCAGAACGUGUCUUAUUUUCUGGAUUUUUCGUUUUUUUCGAUGAAAUGACUCGUGAUUUGUGCUGAGGCUACUCCGUUUGAGAAGAUUUUUAGGGAGUUUGUGAUGAAUUUUUAGAAAUUCAGUGCUUGAAUUCGUUGACCGAGGCUUGGUAAAAUUGAAUUUGGUGUUAGCUUUUGUAAAAUUAGUUGAUGGUAUUCUCUGAGAAAUUCUCUCCGUAGGACGAUUUUGGGAUCUGGUAUAAGGGGUUUCGGAAUCAUGUUGUCUGCAGUGUCGCAUUUGACCUCUUCUCGUAGCUCGCUGGAAGAAAUGCUGGAGUCUCUCCGGCGAAGGGAUGAGCGGCCAAAGGACAUACCCCCAGCAUUGCCCACUCGCCCCACCUCAAGAGCUCGGCUUCCGUCGGCAAGAAGGUCGUUACCCCUUAACUUUAAAAUUGGUGAUUCUGACCUUAACUUUAAAAUUGGUGAUUCCGCUAAUGAGUACCCGGCUAAGGAUUCUGACGAGAAGGAAGAGAAGAAGAAGAGUCGGGGUCUUCACCGGGGAGACAGAGAAGCAGGCUCCAAACGUGCCAGUUUUGGAAGCAAAAAGAUGAUCGUCGUCCGGCCCUUAGAAUCGCCCUAUACUAAGAAGCCUAGUGAUGGGGAGAAUUAUGGAGAAGAUACAGCUGGUACAGAUUCUAAUCAUGCAGCUGCACCUUCGACCUUGCCACAAUCACUUGAGGAACCUGAGUUGGGGGACAACGUUAACUAUUUUCUGAAGAAGAAACUUCGGGUUUGGUGUCGGCUCUCAAAUGGCCAGUGGGAGUCAGGAAAGAUUCAAUCAACUUCCGAGGAGGAAGCUGUUGUUUUGCUUUUAAAUAGCAGUGUUGUGACAGUGCCCAUAGGGGAUCUCCUACCUGCGAACCCUGAUAUCCUUGAGGGCGUGGAUGAUCUUAUACAGCUUAGUUAUUUGAAUGAGCCAUCGGUCCUUCACAACCUUCAAUACAGAUAUCGUCAUGAUAGGAUUUAUAGCAAAGCAGGGCCUGUUUUGGUUGCAACAAACCCCUUUAAAGUUGUCCAACUUUAUGGAAAUGAUUUUGUCACAGCAUAUAGGGAGAAACUUAUGGACAGUCCUCAUGUCUAUGCCAUAGCUGAUGCUGCCUUCAAUGAGAUGAUGGCAGAAGACAUAAACCAAUCUAUAAUCAUAAGUGGGGAAAGUGGAGCUGGAAAGACUGAAACAGCAAAAGUUGUGAUGCAAUAUUUGGCUGCACUUGGAGGUGGCAGUGGAAUAGAUAAUGAAAUUCUUAGGACAAAUUAUGUAUUGGAAGCUUUUGGCAAUGCAAAAACGUCCAGGAAUGACAACUCUAGUCGAUUUGGGAAGCUGAUUGAAAUUCAUUUUAGUAGAACAGGGAAAAUUUGUGGUGCUAAGGUUCAAACUUUUCUGCUGGAGAAGCAGUCUAGAGUGGUUCAGCUAGCUAAGGGAGAGAGGUCAUACCAUAUCUUCUAUCAACUUUGUGCUGGUGCCCCAUCAUUUCUAAAAGAACGGUUGAACCUUAAAACGGCUAACGAGUAUGAGUAUCUUAAGCAGAGCAAUUGCUUGACAAUUGUUGAUGUUGAUGAUGAUGCUCGGAAGUUUCAUAGUCUAAUGGAAGCAUUAAAUAUUGCUCAACUUGGCAAAGAAGAUCAAGAGAGUAUAUUUGCAACACUUGCUGCCGUCUUAUGGCUCGGAAACAUUUCCUUUCAAAUAAUGGAUAAUGAAAAUCAUAUUGACGUGGUGUCAGAUGAAGCUGUGUCAAAUGCUGCCAAGUUGAUGGGUUGCAAAGCCCAGGACCUAAUUUCAGCUUUAUCUACUCGUAAAAUUCAAGCUGGCAAUGAUGAUAUUGUGCAAAAGUUAACAUUAUGGCAGGCCAUUGAUACAAGGGAUGCAUUGGCGAAAUCCAUCUAUGCAAGCUUGUUUGACUGGCUUGUUGAACAAAUCAACAGGUCACUUGAAGUAGGGAAACAGCGCACAGAGAGAUCCAUUAGUAUCUUAGAUAUCUAUGGAUUCGAGUGCUUUGAAAAGAAUAGCUUUGAACAGUUUUGUAUAAACUAUGCAAAUGAGAGGUUGCAGCAACAUUUCAAUCGUCAUCUCUUAAAACUAGAACAAGAGGAGUAUUCAGAAGAUGGUAUUGAUUGGACACAAGUUGAUUUUGAGGACAAUCAGGAUUGUCUAAAUCUCUUUGAGAAGAAACCAUUGGGCUUACUCUCUUUAUUGGAUGAGGAGUCAACUUUCCCCAAAGCUUCUGAUUUGACCCUUGCCAAUAAGCUUAAGCAGCAUUUAGAUGGUAACCCUUGUUUUAAAGGGCAAAGAGGUGGGGCUUUCAGUGUUCGCCAUUAUGCUGGGGAGGUUCUGUAUGAUACAAGUGGCUUCUUGGAGAAGAAUAGAGAUCCCCUACACUCUGAUUCCAUUCGACUUCUUUCAUCAUGUAGUGGUAAACUACCUCAGUUAUUUGCUUCCAAGUUUCUUAAUCAAUCACAUAAGCCAUCUGAUUCGAAAAGGCAAAGCGUCGGGACAAAGUUUAAGGAUCAACUAUUCAAAUUGAUGCAGCGGUUAGAGAGCACCACGCCUCACUUUAUUCGUUGCAUAAAACCAAACAGUAAGCAACUUCCUGGUUUGUAUGAACAAGAUCUUGUCUUACAGCAGCUCAGAUGCUGUGGAGUCCUGGAGGUUGUCAGGAUAUCAAGAUCCGGGUACCCAACACGAAUGACACACCAAAAGUUUGCGAAAAGAUACGGGGUUCUUCUUUCAGAGAAUGAUAUAUCCCAGGAUCCAUUAAGUAUAUCAGUUGCCAUUCUUCAGCAAUUUAAUGUCCCUCCAGAAAUGUAUCAAGUUGGUUAUACAAAAUUAUUCUUCAGAACAGGGCAGAUUGGUGCACUGGAAGAUAAAAGAAAGCAAAAAUUAGGAGCGAUUCUUGGUAUCCAAAAAUGUUUCCGUGGUCACCUAACACGUCAUUAUUUCCAUGAUCUCAGGAGAGGAAUAACUACACUGCAAUCAUUUAUCAGGGGUGAAAACGCAAGAAAGCAGUACCAACUUUUGACAAAGAAGCAAAUAGCUGUUGUUCUCAUACAGAAGCAUAUGAAACAGAAAUUGGCUCGGAGAACACUUCAUGAUCGGCAGAAUGCAGUCAUAUGUCUGCAAACUGUAAUCCGUGGUUGGUUGGCUAGACGGUGUUUUAAUGAGAUGCUGAAUACAAAAAUGGAAAAGCUAGACAGCACUAGUGCUGAGAGUAAGCCAGACUGGAAAAUUUCAGAAAUGAAGGUUCUGGACAACGAGCAAGUUCAGGCUCAAUCUUCAGUGUUGGUAGAACUUCAAAGGCGUGUUCUGAAAGCAGAAGAAGCACUGGGAGAAAAGGAAGAGGAAAACGUGGCAUUGCGGAAAGAACUUAAGCAAUUUGAGAUGAGAUGGUCAGAUUAUGAGGCUAAGAUGAAAUCCAUGGAGGAGAUGUGGCAAAAGCAGAUGACAUCUUUGCAGAUGAGUCUAGCUGCAGCCAAGAAGAGUCUUGCAGCUGAUGACAUUGCAGGCCAACCAGGAAGGACCGAUGCUUCACCAUUGCAUCAGUAUUAUGAUUCUGAGGAUACAAUGUCUGUGGGGACCCGUACUGGUGGCAGCACCCCUGCCAAGUUUCCCAAUCACACAUCUGACCUUAUACCAGGACGAGUGUCUAAUGGUGGGCUCAAUGUAGUGAGCCACCUAGUAAAGGAGUUUCAACAACAGAAGCAGGUAUUUGAAGAUGAUGCAGGGUUCCUUGUAGAGGUAAAGUCAGGGCAGCAGUCUGGUUCCGGCCUGAACCCUGAUGACGAGCUCCGGAAGCUCAAGAUCAGGUUUGAGUCAUGGAAGAGAGAGUUCAAGGUUCAAUUAAGGGAGACAAAGGCAACACUUAUCAAGAUCGGGAACUCGGAACCAGAGAAGAGCCGUAAAAAAUGGUGGGGGAGCAUGAAAUUCAGGUGACAUUGUAUUUCUUGAAGGUUGUUUUCAUCUUUGCGGGCUCAGUUUUAGGCUGUGCAACCUGUACUGGCCAGUUUACAAUGCGUAAGCAGCCAGGUUUCUUGCAGGACAUGGCACAGAGAGGGAGAGAGAGAGAGAGGUGGAUCCAGUGCAUAGCGCAUUGGUUGCAACCUCUGCUUGAAGAGCAGGCGCCAGGAGUGUGGAUGGUCUAAGGGUCGAUCCUGUCACAUGUAUCCCUCCUUCCUAUCAUUCCCCCCUCCCCCUCUAGUUUAUGUGAGUAAAGUCCCAUUAGGCAGUUCCUUAGUAUGUAAUAGCAAAAAAAAAAAAAAAAAGAGAGUGCGCUAGCUUUGAGCAGUGUUGGGCAGCAGUUGGUUAAAAUGGUUCACAAAUGUUCUGUUUACCAUUUUCAGCUGUGGUUCCCAUCCUCCUGCCAGCAUUUGGGAUGUGAGAGGAUGGGGUGGGGGGCAUUUGGUUGUAUAUCUACCAUUUUUGUUACUUUGUUAGAGGGGUCGGUAAUACAUUAUAGUCCAGACGUAUGUUAUAAGGAUUCCUUCUCUUUUUUUUUCUUUAUAUAUAUAUUAUUAUUUAAUGGUUGGUGGGGUAUAUUUGUGUAGAUUUUGAUUCAGUUGAUGAAAUCCCAAAAUAAAUAGUAUAUGUAAAUGAUUAUAUCAAAUGGAAAUAAUGUCUUCUACA